GGAAGGAUGAUAUUCGCUUUUUGACUUUCAGCCUGCUGCAUGUUUGAUUUUGGAGAAGAACUAAAAGCUUCUGUGAAAAGAGUGGAAGAGAAAGUGAAAGCAUAUCUCAGCUUCUGAAUUCCUGAUAUCAAAGAGACCAAAUUAUCUUCAUGGGCAACUGCUGAGAAGAGUGGAUAGUUCAUAGAGAAGAUGGUGAAACAUCGCUUUAGAGAAUCUAUAAAAUCAUUGUUUGGAAGUCAUAUUGACCCUGAAAAAGAACAGCAGCUGCAAAGGGCUAAAACAGAAAUUGAAGACAAGGUAAAAAGAAUAUUGAAGCUUAUUGGAGAUGACAAUCAUGAAGAGGAUGGUAGCUCAGUACAAUUUUCCAAUAAGGAAUCACUUGUAGAACUAAUUGAAGAUUUCCACAAUCAAUACAAAUCACUCUAUGCUCGAUAUGACCAUCUGACAGGAGAGUUGAAGAAAGAGAUUAAUGGAAAGCAAGGAAAGGAGAGUUCUUCAUCUAGCUCAGACUCAGAUUCAGAUUACUCUUCAAAGGACAAAGACAGCAAAAAUGGACAACUGGAAAAUGAAUUCCAAAAGAUAAUUGAUGGCCUAAAACAAGAACUAGAAAUGGAACGCACAGAAGUUGCAGAAUUAAGUCAAAAAUUGACAGUUACGUGUGAAGAAAAGGAGGACCUAAAUUCAAAAUAUCUUGCAGCCUUGAGCAAGAUAGAAGAAGCAGAGAAAAUCAACGCAGAUUUGAAAACUGAAGCUGAAACACUAGAAAUUCAGAGAUCAAAACUGUUCGCAGAGAAUGGUGAACUGAAGAAGCAACUGGACAAUGCUGGAGAGAUUGAAGCUGAACUGAAUAAUAGAUUGGAGGACUUGAAGAGGGAGAAAGACAAUUUGGUCCAGGAGAAAGAGACAGCUAUCAGGAAGAUUGAUGAGGGACAGAAUAUUACAGGCAGCCUAAAAGCCACUGUGAGUCAACUGAAUGAUGAGAAAUUAGCCCUUGGAAAAGAACUAGAAGCUGUGACUGGUGAAUUCUCCAUUCUGAAGCGGUUAUUGGAAGAAGUACAACAGCGAGAGACAAGUUUAAGCCAUAAUCUGAAAGUUGCUGAGGAAGAGAACGAAUCAUUGAAGUUAAAACUUUCACUGCUUUCAAAUGAGGUUCAGCUUGCUCAUGACAGAAUACAAGAACUUGUAACUGAAUCAACUCAGCUAAAGGAGAGACUGAAUGAGAGGGAAAGGGAAGUUUCAGACCUCAGCCAAAUGUAUGAAGGGUAUGAGAAUGAAUCCUCGAAUAAAAUCAGGGCAUUAGAAGCACAAGUCACAAUCCUCAAUCUGGAAUUGGAAUCAGUGCAAAGGCAGAAACAAGAACUGGAAGGGCAAAUGACUAGUAGCACAACUGAAGUUAGAGAACUUGUAGAGCAAAAUUCAGGACUAGAAAACCUAAUUUCAGAACUAGAAAUAAAGUUCAAAGAAAGAGAAAAUGAACUGUCUGCUAUGGUGAAAAAUCUUGAAGAUGGAGACAAUAGGUCAUUAUCCAAAAUAGCUGAUUUGACGUCUCAAAUCAAUAAUCUGCUAACUGAUGUAGAUCAGCUACGUGCUCAAAAGGAUAAACUGGAAGAGCGGGUAUUAUUUGAAAGUAAUGAAGCAUCAGCUCAAGUCAAAAGCAUUACAGACCAGGUAAAUGUAUUGCAGCAGGAAGUAGAGUCCCUACAAUACCAGAAAUCCGACUUGGAAGUUCAACUUGCCAAAAUUGUCCAGGAAAAUUUAGAACACAUGAUUCAUAUACAAACUCUAAAGGAGGAGGUCGCCAGUAGGACUCUAGAUCAAGAGAGGUUUGUGGAAGAGAACGAAAAAUUAAACAUGCAGAUAAGGAAGCUGGAAUCUGAGGUAGGCAUGGUAAAGGGCCAGAAGGGUGAAGUUGAAGAGCAAAUGAGGAUUAGCAACCAUGAGGCCAUACAAUUGAGAGAGGAGAAUUCAGGGCUGCGUGACAAAAUAUCUGAAGUGGAGAAAAUAUUAGCAGAGAGGGAGACUGAGAUCUCUGCUCUUCAGGAUAAACUUAAAAAAGCAGAGGAUGAAGGUUCAACUCAAAUAAUGGCCUUAACAUCACAGAUUGAAAAUCUUCAACAAGAUUUGGUUUCCCUGCAUAAUGAGAAGCAAGAAUUGGCAAAGCAGUGUGAAAACCUGAAGUUGGAGUUGGAUUCCAUAAAUAACGGCAAGAAUGAAUCUGAAGAGCAAAACAGUCAGCUGAAAGAGGAAAUUUCCGUCCUACAAGAGAAAAUUGCUGCCCUGGAGAAAACUUUAGCAGAUAAAGAGGCUGAGUUCUCUGCUUUAGAAGACACACUUCAAGGCGAAAAGAAUGAGGCUUCAUCUCAAAUAAUUGCCUUCACAACCCAGAUCAAGAAUCUGCAAGAAGACUUGCUAUCCUUGCAGAAAGAGAAAGAAGAAUUGAUGCUUCAAUAUGAUAGAGCUAAAGAAGAAAAUGGAGAAAACUUUAUCUUGCUAGAGAAUGAAAAGAAAGAGCUGGCAAGCAAAAUUUUGGAUCAUCAGAGAAUGCUGGAACAACGAGAAGAUGCAUAUCAGAAGUUAAAUGAAGAAUAUAAACAGGUUGAGAGUUGGCUUCAGGAAUGUAAGGCAAAACUUGAAGCUGCAGAAAAGAAGGUUGUAGAAAUGACAGAAGAGCUUCAUAGUGGCAUUGAAUCAAAGGAUCAGAUUGUAGCUGAUUUGGAACAAACAGCAGAAGACUUGAGAAGGGAUUUAGAACUGAAGACAGAUGAAACUGGUACUUUGCUUGAGAACAUCCGAAAUAUCGAGGUAAAACUUCGUCUGUCAAACCAAAAGCUUCGGGUCACAGAACAAGUGCUAAGUGAGAAGGAAGAACACUUUAGAAAGGCAGAGGAGAAGUUCCAGGAAGAUCAGAGAAAACUUGAAGACAGGAUUGCUACAUUGUCAGGAAUAAUUGCUGCUAACAAGGAGGCCUAUCAGGAAACAGUCACUAACAUCAAAGGGAGCAUGAGGUAUGUGAUGACCGGCAUGGAUACCGUAAUGGGGAAAUUCGCUGAUGACCACGGAAAUUAUGAGAGUCGUAUUUCAAACAUCUCAAAUGAGCUUCAGAUGGCAAAGGACUGGGUUAGAGAGAUGAAUGUGGAAAGAGAGAAGUUGAAGAAGGACAGACGCCAUUUGGGGGAGCAGCUGCAGGAAAGAAAUGAAAAAGAAUUGGCUUUGAAAGAGAUAGUUCAGAAGCUGGAGUCGAAGGCUAGCAAGGAAGAACUAGAGAACAAAAACCUGACGACAAGAGUGGUUCAACUUGAGAAGUCAGUGGCAGGACUAGAGCAAAUGGUAAAAGAUAAAGACGAAGGGAUACUGGGCUUGGCGGAAGAGAAAAGAGAGGCCAUCAGGCAGCUGUGUUUGUGGAUUGAUUACCAUCGCAGUCGUUAUGAUUAUCUCAAGGUCAUUAUAUCCAAGACCCCCAGGGUUCAGAGGGCAAUGUGAGCUUUAGCUAUGAUUAUUCUUUUGUUCAGUUCGUUGGAUUAGGUUUUACAUCUCUAUAUUUGAUUGAAUUAAUUUUGUUUUUUGGCCUUCUUAUUUCGAAAGUGUGUGUCGAUAGAUUGGUUUCUCGCUUCACAGGGGACGCCAUAUUCAUAUGUAAUCAGUUUGUUGUCGCCCUCUAGAACCAUUUUCUAUCGUAUUUGUAUUUUCUUUCUUUUGAUUCUCCCCUCCCCAGUUUGGGCUUUUAAUAAUAUACUGAGGAGAGGAUAUUUUAUUUUGUCAAUAACAAUGAGAAUUUUUUGUAUAGCCUUUAUAAAAAUUGGUUAGACUGUCAA